UUUCAGAGCCCGCUCAAAACAUUUUCGAAACCUCUUCUUGGCGACUGGCCCCAUUUCUCUCAGCCACAGUUCUCCACCGUCAACAACCACUCACUGCCAGCGACGCAACGGAGGUGGAUAGCCUUUGUUCUCUCCCACACGCACAUCCCUCUCUCUCUGCGAAGCGGAACAACCAGCAUUUCUGGGAUUCCAAAUCUUGCGUCGCCGCCCACCAUCACCGUACCCCGCCGAGCCAAGCCGCCGACGAACGCCAACAUCCCCAACCACCGCACGCUGCCUUCUCGUCGCAGAAAGCAAGCCAAGCCAAAACUAUAGACUCUGGAAACUGAAAAAGAAAAAUCGAGAGAGAGAGAGUUGAACUCACUGCUCGCCAUUGCGUAAUCGAAUGGCGAGAAUCAAACAUUCAGCUAGUAAGAAAGCGAGUAAGAGAGGGCGCCCAAGAAAAUCAGGUUCUGGAAUGCCCUCAUCAGCAUCGCCUGGUCCGAAUACUCCUCCUGGUGGAAGCUCAAACAGAACUGAAAGAGGUUCUCCGCGAACUCCGGGAACACAGAGCCAGAAAAAGAAGCGACGAUACAGGCCAGGAACAGUGGCUCUUCGUGAGAUUCGUCAUUUCCAAAAGACUUGGAAGCUGCUCAUUCCAGCUGCUCCUUUUAUUAGAGUGGUAAAACAAAUAACCUUUCAAUUCUCUCAUGAUGUUAAUCGUUGGACACCUGAAGCGUUAGUAGCACUGCAGGAGGCAGCAGAGGAUUUUUUGGUCCAUCUAUUUGAAGAUGGAAAUCUAUGUGCAAUUCAUGCGAGGCGUGUAACUCUGAUGAAAAAGGAUUUUGAGUUAGCCCGUCGGCUUGGAGGGAAAGGAAGGCCAUGGUGAGAGUGUUAUUACCAGUAACCAGAAACAUCACAACUAAUUGUAAACAUUUUAAUGUGAAUUUGUGAUUGUUCUUUGAUAGCAGUUACCUUGUUUUAGUUAUAGUACUGAGAAUUAGGAAGUAGGAAGCACUCUCACUGUCUUUGACAGGAUGCAUUAUGAUCAAGUGUAGUUGCUUGAUCAUUAAGCAUGUGAUGAGAUGCUGGACUGUAAGAUUCUAAGUAAAGUUAGUGAGACGACAUACAGAUUGGAAUGUCAAAAAUGUUAAGGCCACCAUGUGUGUGAUAUACAGAUGAUGUCUUACACUAUUCAUUU